UCUCAUAUUCAAUCUAAGUCUUUUAGCAUAGAUAAAGAGAACAAAAAACUAGCGGUGUUGGUGUUACCAUAUUCCAUAACACUCACACCUAUCUCUUUAAUUUCUCUCACUUUUUUUAGAAACUCUUUCAUCAUCAUGGGUUCCAAAAGUGUAACAACAAAUCCAUCACUCUUCUUUUCUAUCUUGAUUUUCCUAGUCCUUAUGUUUGGUCUUGCAAACUCAGAUGUGAACCAAGACAAAGCUGAAUGCACCGACAAACUCCUUACUUUGGCUAAUUGUCUACCUUUUGUAACUGGUCAAGCAAAAUCACCAAAUAUAGAUUGUUGCACUGGCGUCAAAGAUGUUAUUAACAAUAGUAAGAGAUGUUUAUGUAUCCUUAUUAAAGAUCGUGAUGACCCAAAUCUUGGUUUGAAGAUAAAUGUCACUCUUGCCCUCGAGUUACCAAAUGAUUGUAAAACACCUACUAAUAUAACUAAAUGUGUUGAGUCGAGUUUCAUUUUUUAUUUCCAGAUAUUUUGCAUUUGGCACCUAAAUCUCCUGAAGCUAAGAUAUUUGAGGACAUCCAAAAAUCCAUGGAAAAAAACAGUUCCACCACAGUUGCUCCAGCUAGUAAUUCCACUGGAAAAGGAACAAGCACAAUAACUCAUGAGAAUGGUGGAGGAUGGGGAAAGAAAUGGCUGAUGGCAGAGGUGCUCUGUUGGAUUUCAGCAUCUCUUUUAGUCUCUUCUGUCUUCAUUGUUUGAAUUGUAAUCAAUUUAGUGGCAUGAGUUAAUUUUAUAAUAUUAAAGUAUUGAGUUCAAAAAUAUAUGAGGAGACACUUAUAAAUUAGUUUUUAAUAUAACUUUCAUUAAUAAAAAAUUUCUCUUUUUUAA